AUAAUAAUAACAAGCAAGGAAAGCAAAAUGGAAUGUAUUACAAUAAAAGAUACAAUUAGUGGAGAUAUGUAUUAUCUAAACUUAUCAUCAGAAGAAAAACAACGUUUCAUAAUAGACAACGAAUUCGCAAAGCAAAAACUGCAAGAAGUUAAAGAUUUUGCACUUGCAAAGAAAAUGGAAAAUGAUAUAAAUUUAAAUGGAAAAGAAAAUCUUGUAUCAAUAGAAGAUGAUAAUUCAUCUUGCACAGAAAAUGAGGAUUUAACAGUUUGUAAGCCACUCACUGAAAAACAAGAUCUCAAUAUAUUCAAAUGGUCUCAUGAAGCCAUUCUUCUAUUAAUAGAAGAGUAUAGAAGUCGAGUAGAUGACUUUACUUCUGGUCGAGUUUCACAAAAAAAAAUUUGGGAGGCAAUUAGUCUAGUAUUAAGAAAUAAAGGUUAUGAUGUCACAAGUCCUCAAUGUAUGUCCAAAUUUAACGGUUUGAAAAAGACUUACAAGUCGGUAAAAGACCACAACAGCAAAUCUGGAAAUGGAACAAAAAGCUGGCCUUAUUAUGACUUAAUUGACGGAUUAAUUGGAGCUAAACCAUUUAUAAGUCCUGUGGCUACAGUUUCAUCAACAGGAAAGCGACAUGUAUCAGAAAGCUCCAUCGAUUCCAGUGAUGAUCCAGAUGGUCCCCCAAAAAAAUCGCCUAAAUUUUCCAAUAAGGAUAUUUUGCUGGAGAUGCAGAAAUCAAGAAAUACAGCAGAACAGAACCGAGAAAGACGUCACAAAGAAAAAAUAGAACAAAAGCAAAAAUGUUUAGAUCUUUUUGAAAAACUGAUAGAAAUGUUACAACAAGAAAAGUGAGUACUAUUACUGAUUUGACCAAAGAUAUAAAAAAAUUUAAUAGAAUAUAAAAAUAAAAUAUAAAAUAUUGAUGGUAUUUUUAUACGUACAAAUAGACUGUUUACUUAAUAGUUGUUGUUCCAUCAUAUAAUUUAUUUUGUAAUAAAUUAUAUGAUUGUAAUAAAUUAUGUGAUUGGUUUUUUGUAUGUGAUAAUGUUAAGAUUCUACUAAAGAUAACAUUG